UUUUGAGGGAGUUGACGGCCCUAAUUAAUUUAAUGCUCUCCGGCAAUGUGAACGAAUCCGUCAUCGACGUCUUGUACGGGGCUAAUUUAUGUGCCCUGCGGAAGAGGGAUGGCGGUAUUCGUCCCAUUGCCGUAGGUUGCACCUAUAGGCGUAUCGCAGCCAAAAUUUGCUGUGCAUUUUACAAUGAGUCGUUGGCCAGCAAAUUCCAGCCCUCACAAUUAGGCUUUGGUUCCAAAGGGGCUGCGAGGCUGCGGUACAUGCCCUUUCUACCUUUAUAAAUAGCAAUCAAAGUGAGGUCAUUUUAAAGGUUGACAUAAAAAACGCUUUUAAUUCAGUAAGCAGGGACGCCUUGUUGACAGAAAUACAAAAAGAAACCCCUAAAAUUUACAGUUUUCUUUGGCAAUGUUACCGAAACCCUUCGAAAUUACUAUAUAAGGACAAUUUAAUAGAAUCGGCCGUCGGUUGUCAACAAGGAGACCCUCUUGGACCUGCCAUUUUUAGUUUAGCCAUAAAUCCUAUUAUUCGGGAACUAAAUUCCAAAUUUAACGUAUGGUAUUUAGAUGACGGAACUCUAGGAGGUGACGUCGACACUGUUUUAAAAGAUUUUACCAUAUUAAAAGAAAGACUAAAUUCCAUUGGCCUUGACCUAAAUUUAUCUAAAUGUGAAAUUUACAUACCUAACUCUACUGACCGACAAACGAUUUUAUCAAAUUUCAGGAAAUAGCUCCCAAUAUCAAAAUUAAAGAUAAAAAUUCACUUCACCUCCUAGGUUCUCCAAUAUUCGAUGAAUGUUUUCCUUCAUUCAUCGAAGACAAAAUAGAAAAUUUCAAUAAUAUUUCGGAUAGACUACACAAAAUCAACUCACAUUCGGCUUUCACUCUGAUUCGGUAUUGUUGUUUUGGACCAAAAUUUACUUAUAUUCUCCGCGCAUCUCAUAUAUGGAAAAAUUCACAUAUUUUGGAAAAUGUAGACAAAAUUAUCAGACACACAUUAUCAUCCAUACUUAAUGUGGCUUUGGAUGACCGUGCUUGGCAACAAGCUACCCUUCCCAUUCGCAUGGGUGGGCUCGGCGUCCGCAAAAUUUCAAGUAUUAGCUUACCAGCAUUUCUCUCAUCGGUCCACAGUACCUCUGAAUUAGUCAGGAAAAUUCUUUCUCCAUCACUGGCUAGUUUUGAGGUGCCGUGUUUGACUGAUGCAGUGGAAGCUUGGAAAAUGGCCUGUCCACUUACUGAUUUACCUGUUCACCCUUCUUCUCAGAGACAAUGGGACGUGCCGCUGUGCAGUAUUAUUCGUGAGUCAUUAAUCAACUCUUCUUCUAAUGCUGCAGAGCGAGCUCGCUUAUUGGCUGUGGGAGAGUGGGAAUCAGGUUUGUGGCUUCAGGCGCUCCCGUCACCCUACAUAGGAACUAUGUUGGAUGACAUUACGUUCCGGCUAGCUGUGUGCUUACGGUUGGGUGCUCCCUGUGUCUCUCCGCAUUGUUGCCACUGUGGAGAAAGAGUCGAUGGCUCGGGACACCAUGGUCUUUCAUGUCGUAGAAGUGCAGGCCGCAUAAGUCGUCAUGCCAGCAUCAACGACAUUAUUCGUCGUGCUCUCGCCUCAGCCGGCGUACCAGCCGUAUUAGAACCUAAUGGUUUGGUACGUGAUGAUGGCAAGAGACCAGAUGGUAUGUCGUUGCUGCCUUGGAAGAUGGGUAGGCCUUUGGUGUGGGACGCUACGUGUGUAGACACCCUUGCGCCAUCUCACCUUCUAAGUACUGCUGCAUGCGCUGGUGCGGCUGCUUCCGCGGCAGAGGACCUCAAGCGGCGCAAAUAUUCUAACUUAGUUGGCAAUUAUUGUUUUGAGCCGUUUGGGGUCGAAACACUUGGGCCAUGGGGUCCUGGUGCACAUUCUCUAUAUAAAGAAAUUGCACAUAAGCUAUUCGACUCUACGCGUGACCAGAAGGCUGGCUAUUUCUUCGGUCAAAAGAUAAGCAUUGCCAUACAACGUGGCAAUGCGGCCAGUCUUCUGGGAACGUUCCCCAGUGACAGCGAUGCGGACGAGUACUUCGACGCCUAACCACACCUAACCACGCCUAUUGCCUUUAUUUUAGUUUUAAGUUAGUUUUUAUUCCUUAUUUUUUUGGUAUUUUUAAGUUGUAAAUAAUGUGUUAGUUUAGAUUAAUAAUUGUUACUGUUUUGUUAUAUUAAACGAAAAUAAAAACCAUAACUAAUAUUUUUGAUUUAACUAUGUUUGCUACAACAUAUUUUGCAUACCAUAUGUUAGAAACUGCUGCAUUAGAAGAUGGCCAACAAGAACAAAGGAAAUUUCAAAGUACCUAACUAAAAAAAAUGCGCGAAAUCCUUGGAAAUCAAUUCGACAAUUAUAUUAUUAUGUAAUAUGAUUGUAUAUUUGUUUUUGACUGCUUCGUUGGCCGAGUGGUUGCAAGUGCCACUGCCGGGCAAGGGGUCUAAAUAGGGGUCUAGGUGUAAUUAGUGGGAUAAAUUAAUAAUAAUAAAGUAGACACAUUGAAAAAAUAUGUUUAUUUAUUUAUUUAACAGAAGUUGCUGCAACAAGUCUUGCCAUCGAGCUUGUUGCAGAAUUUACAUCACCACAUGUCACGUUGUCAGGCUGUGUAGAGGUAUUCCACUGGAAUGCUGAAAAUUAAUAGUCACAAUCAUUACUAAUUUCAUAGGAUGACUUGCUAGUAUUUACAAAAAAUAGUUACAUAUUAUAGCCGAUAUUCUUUAGACGCCCUUUUGUUGUUUUUAAAGAAUAUCUAUAAUAUAAGUUGAAGUUAUGCAGGGCGUACGCUUAGUAAUUCCUACUUGUGCCAUAUAAUUAUGUUACGUUUGUAUAAUUUUAUUUGAACUCACAAGCUUCUCUGGGGAUGGUUGCCCUCGCAGAUUCACCGCACUUACUGCUAUAUUUACGACAGGUCCCACCAUGUAGCAGUCCUUGAAGGCUGCUUCAGACUGCGCUGAUGCCUACUCUUGGGCAUGUAGCGGACUUAGGUUUUGCUUAGGUCUCCAUUUCUGUAUAAACAAAAUCAUAUUUUGUACACAACACUAUACAAGAAAUACCUAUUAAUCAACCUAACUACUACAGUCUUCUAUAUUCCUCAUCUAAGAGGAAGCAAAGGGUCAUAUCACAAUGUUCCUUUGGUAAAAAAGGCUCAAGAAUUCCCUGGCGCAAAAAAACAAACUUCUUUGAUAAUUAAACUAAGUAAAUAAAUGUAUGAAUUAUUAUUAUCUAAUGGAAAACUUACCUUUCCAAAAAAUGUACCAUCGUCUCAAAUUGAGUUGCACUUCUCUUAGGCAUUUUUUUAAAUAAUUUAACAAAUAAUAUGUUUUCGCACUCCCGGGUUGUCACGGAAACACACAUGUUACAAAAAUGUCCAGCUGACAAACAAUGUCAAAGCAAUACUAAUAAAUUAAAAUGCUCACAAUAAUACGAAAUUAUGUGUAACCGAUGUAUUAUAUUUUUUUGUUGGUUAAUAUCACCAUUUAGAUUUGAAACAUAAACAGCUUUUUCUCUCUUUCUAAGUGAUGUGAAUAAAAAGAGUUAGAACUAUGAUGCUUAAAGUUAGAUACAUAAUGAACGAUACUACGAACGAUAUAGAUUCAACUAUAGCGAGGGUAGUUAACGUUAAAACAUCUCAUGGUACGAACAUUGAAGCCAUCUAUUGUAGUUGCGUUGUCACAUUUACUACUGUAGUAGAGUUAGAUGUCAUAACUACGUCAACUCAUGGUAGAGGUACUGUAGUCAAUACCUGCGUCAUGUUUCAGUUUCAUAUAAUUGGAUGUACAGAUAUCUAUUAAAAAUAUAUCUUUGUUCUUUAAUUUAGCAACGUCGUAACUUUGACAAGGCAGAGGACUUUUAAUGUUUUAUCUAAUGUAUUAAUUAUCACUAGAGAAUAAAAAAGUGUUAUUUAUUACAGCAUUUAAUUAGGUUAGCAGAUGCAUGAUAGCACACCUAGUCCCCUAGUCUCCUAGACUGUUCACGAGCUACGCCGAUGGUCACACGAAGUCCUCUUUUUUCAAACUCUCUGGUUAUUAGUACCUUCAGUUGCUUCUUUUUUAAUACAUAUCCUUCGCCAGUACGGUCGAUGUGUUUUGCUCCGAGCAAUAAUCUGAUGUACAACCCCAUAUACAUAUUUUUGUUUGAUGAUUGUUUUUUCUUUGUUUUGGAAAUAAAUUGUAAAUAUACGAAUAUUAUUUGCAGCUUUGUUGUACGUCCUUACGUUUAGUAUUUGAUUAUUAAUUUUAAACUUUGAAUGUGAAUACUUGGAUAUCUUAAUUUAGGCGUUAUUCAAUAUGAAAAUCAUGAAAAACUAUUGAUAAAUCAAUCAAAAAUGUUAAAUAUAUUUUCCUUUACAAUAUAAUACUAGUACCUAUAAACAUUACAAUAUAAAAACAUUGUGUAAUUUUGACCGAAUACGCAUUAAUAUGCGUGAGAUAGUAAAUACCAUCUCGACAAAAAAGAGAAUAUGAUUCUUAAUCUAGACACACGGCAGUGUGUCCGCCAAGUUCGAGCAAAAAACCGACACACCGGCCGUGGGUUAUAUUACACGAACCAUUUCGAGCCAAGUUCGACCCACCUAUAACUCAAAAUCUAUUUUAUCUACGCAUAUGAAAUUUCUAGUAUCUGUCGAGAUCUACUUACUUAUCUAAAAUACAAAAUUUCAUUAAUGUACCUAUUGUAGGUCUUGAGAUAUUGACGUCAGAAAAUCGCUAUUUUUACUAUACACUCACUGACUGACUCACUCACUCACUCACUCACUCACUCAUCAAAAACCUAGACCACUUCCAAUGGUCGUAUUGACUUGAAAUUUGGCAUGGAGGUAGGUCUUUGGGUCAAGGUAAAGGAAAAAAUCUGAAAAUGGCCAAGUGUGAGUCGGUUUUAAAAAUAAUGAAGGUGUAAAUUCAUACCCCUAAGGAACUAAAACAAAAAAUUUAUAUUAUAUCUUCCAAUGGUCGUACCGACCUAAAAUUCGUUACGAAGGUUUGUAUUUAGUCAAAGUAAAGUAAAAUAAGAAAAAAAGAAAAUAAACCUUACAAAAAUAAAUGAAAUCCCACCCAAAACAUAAAUGUGAAAGGAUGCCAAGUUCGAUAAUAUUGGAAUGCUUCGCCUAUAAAAGAAGUGAGAUCUAAAUAAGUACCAAGUUCCAUACACAGACCUCAGUUAAAAAUGAUAUAACUUGGCAAGUUUUAAUAGAAAAUUAUAUACUUGACUCAUUGCGUUUAGUAGGUUUAUAACAAAGUGUGUGAAAACUUGCCAA